AUCUCUCACAAUCUCAAUCAAUCAUGCUCUGUUCUUUUUUUCAGUCUUUCUUGCCAAUCAUGCACUCUUCCCCCUGUCAUUGAUAUUUUCAGUUUUCACUGUGUGUAGAUUACGAAUUCGUGUGUGAUCAUCAGCAAUAGUUGUGUGUGAUAAUUGAAGUUGGAUUUGGAUUUGGAUUUGGCUAAGGGUCAAGUAACAAACAAGAGUGAUUGAGUGGAAGAAAAGGGUAUUUUCUCUCAUCACGUCUCUCUGCACUUGUUUUUCUUGCUCUCCUCCGAUCAUAUUUGUUGGGUUUCUGCUGCGAUUGAGCAACUUGGGUAUUUAAGUGAGUUUCAGAGUUCAGACAGAAGGACUGAAACUUGUGGUGGUGUAGGUCAAUCAAUCAAAGUUUUGAUCGAUGAGUGUUCUUGAGGAAGAAGGGAGUGGAACAAUAAUGAAUGUUCCCCGGACACCAAGUGAUGCAUCUCUGUUCUCCACUUCAUUACCUGUUCUUCCCCAUGGGUUGAAGAAGAAUGGUUUAAGGGAUGAGGAAAUCCCAUCUAGUGUGAAUGAAUUUAAUCAAGAUCCAGAGGAUGACGAUAGUUUGUUUGAUGAAUUGGCGGCCAUUGGAAGCUUGCUUCCAGAUGAGGACGAACUCUUAGCAGGAAUUAUGGAUGAUUUUGAGCCGAGUGACUUACCACAUCAAAUCCAUGAUGUGGAGGAUUAUGAUCUUUUUGGAAGUGGAGGUGGUAUGGAAUUGGAAUCUGAUCCGCGAUAUAUUUUGGGUGGUGGGGCUAUGGGAAAUUUAAGUUUAUCCGAUGAUGUUCAUGGAAACGGGUUAACUCAAUAUAGUUUUCCUACUAAUGGUUCGGUUACUGUUGCUGGGGAGCAUCCAUAUGGUGAACAUCCUUCAAGAACAUUGUUUGUUAGGAAUAUCAAUAGUAAUGUUGAGGACUCCGAGCUCUCUUCUCUUUUUGAGCAAUAUGGCGAUAUCAGAACUCUCUACACUGCGUGUAAACAUAGGGGCUUUGUGAUGAUUUCAUACUAUGAUAUCCGGGAUGCCCGAACAGCUAUGAAGGCACUGCAAAACAAACCACUUAGACGCAGAAAAUUGGAUAUUCACUUCUCAAUCCCUAAGGAUAACCCAUCUGAUAAGGAUAUUAACCAAGGGACUUUGGUGGUCUUUAAUUUGGACCCAUCUGUUUCCAAUGAUGACCUUCUUCAAAUAUUUGGUGUUUAUGGAGAGAUCAAAGAGAUAAGGGAAACACCUCACAAGCGUCAUCAUAAGUUUAUUGAGUUUUUUGAUGUUAGAGCCGCAGAAGCAGCACUUAGGUUCUUAAAUAGGAGUGACAUAGCUGGUAAACGUAUAAAGCUUGAACCUAGUCGCCCUGGGGGAGCACGUCGGAACAUUAUGUUUCAACUCAACCAAGAACUUGAACAAGAUGAAUCUAGAAGUUUCCUACAUCAAAUAGGUUCUCCCAUUACUAGCUCACCUCCAGGGAAUUGGCCACAAAUGGGAAGCCCCAUUGAACACGGUUCGUUUCAUACUCACGGUAGCUCUCCUGGAUUAAGGACCUCCAUGAGCCCAAACAUUGGAAAUGGUUUCCCUGGUGGUCCUGGACUAGCUUCAAUUCUUCAUCCUCAAGUAUCAUCAAGCCCUGUUAGAGCUCCAAAUUCUGUCCCAAUCAGAGGCUUCCAUAUGGACCAUAAUAAAUUCAAUGGAAUUGGGUUUCAACAGUCUCAUUCACUAACAGAGUCAAGUUUAAGUCAAUACCCAGGACCCAUUUCAUCUUUUGGUGCAUCCAGCUCAAACGGAUCUGCGGUCGAGAAAUUGUCUGGCCCUCAGUUUCUUUGGGGAAGUCCUGGGUCAUAUCCAGGAAAAGUUAACUCAUCUGGAUGGCAAAUGCCUUCUUCUGUAGGACAGACAUUAAUGCCAAAUGGCAAUAUUCCUUAUGGAAACCGUCGAGGACCUUUUGUUGGUUUAUCUCAGCUCCAUCAUGUCGGUUCGGCUCCAUCUGGUGUUCCUAUUGACAGGCACUUAAGUUAUCGUGGCUCUCCAGAUACAUCUUUCAUGAAUUUAGUGGAUCCUGGGCCAGUCUUGCAAAAUGGUUCUUCAAGGAUUAGUCCAGUGUUCAUAGGGAACGGUUAUUUUCCAGGAUUUGGACCCAUUGGGCGUGACAAUAUUGGUAGUAACCAGUUUGAUAACAAGAAGCAGUUUCAGCUCGAUUUGGACAAAAUUAGAAUUGGUGAAGACACUAGGACAACAUUAAUGAUUAAAAACAUCCCCAAUAAAUAUACCUCGAAGAUGUUGUUAGGUACCAUAGAUGAAAAGCAUAUGGGCACUUACGAUUUUCUUUAUCUGCCUAUCGACUUUAAGAACAAAUGCAAUGUGGGGUAUGCAUUUAUCAAUAUGAUGUCUCCUUCACAUAUUAUUUCAUUCUAUGAGUCGUUUAAUGGAAAGAAGUGGGAGAAAUUCAACAGUGAGAAAGUUGCUUCCUUGGCGUAUGCUCGCAUUCAGGGAAAAGCAGCCCUUGUUUCCCAUUUUCAGAAUUCAAGCCUGAUGAACGAAGACAAGCGAUGCAGACCAAUUCUCUUCCACUCGGAUGGUUCGGAGGUUGCUGAUCAGAUGAUCCAGGAACAACAACUUGUUCAAUUUAAUGGACCGACUUUGGAGGAUUCUUUUGGUUGGAAGUAAGUAGUGUAAGAUGAGCUAAUAGUGUCUCACCUGACCUUCUUUCGGUUGUAUAGCCUCUUACUUAUUUUGUUUUUAACCAUGUGUCAAAUCAAAUGUAUAGUGAAAAAGAGAACAUUAGCAAUCAAUAAAUCUUCAAGUUCUUGUUUU